UCAGAGUGCCCCUCUAGUUUCAAUUUUUGCUAAUUGAAAAAUGGACAGGAAACUAGUAACACAAAUUCCCUAAUCUAGUGCUGACAAGCAAUUAUUUAGCCCACGGUAGUGGAAGAGUGCCCAUCUAUCGUCUAAGCAGGAGUCACUUAGGCCCAGGCAAAGUGGCAGGUGGGCCUAAGGUCUAGAGUGGACGCGUCAGGUGAAAUCAGGACGUCACAAAGGGGCGGGUGGUGUCUCAGCUGUGGGAGAGGUUAGCGAGGCCAGAAGAGAAUGGGCAAGUGGGACAGGCAGGGAAGCACGCCAGCCAGGCACCUGUGCCAGCUCCUCGGGAACUCAGCGGGGGCCACCGCGGCCCGGCCGGCGGCGGUGCGUGCCGGGAGGGGUGAGUGGGGCGGGCGUUGGCGGCGCUGCAGCGUCACGCUCGCCUGGCGGCCAUGGCGGGAAGCGAGCGGAUCCGCGGGGUGGGCGCCUCGCCGCCGCCCCCCAGCGACUGGGGCCGCUUGGAGUCGGCCAUCCUCAGCGGCUGGAGGGCUUUCUGGCAGUCGGUGGGCAAGGAGAGGGCGGCGCGGACGGCUUCCCGGGAGGAGGCGGGUGAGGAGACCAGUAUCCUGAUGCGACUGCCGAUUGAUGUACAACUAUAUAUUUUGUUAUUUCUUUCACCACAUGAUCUAUGUCAGUUGGGAAGUACAAAUCAUUAUUGGAAUAAAAUUGUACGGGAUCCAGUUCUGUGGAGAUACUUUCUUUUACGGGAUCUUCCUUGUUGGUCUUCUGUUGAUUGGAAGUCUCUUCCAGAUCUAGAAAUCUUAAAAAAACCUGUAUCUGAAAUCUCUGACAGUGCAUUAUUUGAUUACAUGGCAGUUUAUAAAAUGUGCUGUCCAUAUACAAGAAGAGCUUUGAAAUCCAGCCGUCCUAUGUAUGGAGCUGUCACCUCCUUUUUACACUCAUUGAUCAUUCUGAAUGAACCCCGAUUUGCUAUGUUUGGACCAGGUUUAGAAGAACUAAAUUCAUCUUUGGUGUUGAGUUUGAUGUCUUCCAAGGAACUUAGUCCAACUGCUGGUUUGCCGCACAGACAGAUUGAUGGUAUUGGAUCAGGAGUCAGUUUUCAGUUGAACAACCAACAUAAAUUUAACAUCCUGAUAUUGUAUUCAACUACCAGAAAAGAAAGGGAUAGAGCAAGGGAAGAACAUACAAGUGCAGUUAACAAGAUGUUCAACCUUCAGCUUGAAGGAGAUGACCAACAAAGAAGUCGAUACAGUGUAAUUCCACAAAUUCAGAAGGUCUGUGAAGUUGUAGAUGGGUUCAUCUAUGUUGCAAAUGCUGAAGCUCAUAAAAGACAUGAAUGGCAAGAUGAAUUUUCUCAUAUUACGGCAAUGACAGAUCCAGCUUUUGGAUCUUCGGGAAGACCAAUGCUAGUUUUAUCUUGUAUUUCUGAAGCACAUGUGAAAAGAAUGCCCUGUUUUUAUUUGGCCAAUGAGCUACAUCUCAGCCGUCUAAACCACCCAUGGAUGGUCCAAGAUAUGGUGGCUGAUACUCUCACUGGUUUUUUGAGUGGCAUUGAGUGGAUUCUUGAAGAAGUAGAAUCCAGGCGGGCAAGAUGAUCCUCAUUUUGGAACUUCAGAACUAUGGAGAAACUUUGAGACUCAGAGAAGUGAAGAAUUCUAUUUCAAAGCCAUGUUAUGAUGUCACCUUUCAGUUUCCUGGUCUUGGUGAUGGAGAGGAAUUCACUAGGACCACCUUACAGAUCCCUGGCAAGUGAAGAAGUGGUUUCAAAAUGAAAAGAAUUUGUUGCAAAGCAGGAUACGGCUCACAGACAAGCCAGGACAACCCCAGAGUGUGGCCAACAUGAGUUUCUUUGUUUUAGUUUCUUUGAUUUUGGUAUACUUUUUGACUUUGUUUAUUCCCCACCAUAUUCUUACAUAUUCAUGAUUUACCACUGCACUACCUUCAAUUUUGAAGUGUACGUGCAUUUCCCCCUCUUCCCUAGAGCCUUAAGCAGGUAAUAAAGAGGACAGGUCACCCCAGGUAUGCUCAGGGCAGUCAGGGCACAUGCCCACUGAGUGGAAAAUUCUUAGUCCUGCUUUAUGGUUAGUUUGUGGUCAUCUCUCCACCUAGGAUCUUUUACCAAUUGGUUGAGGCCAUUUCACAUAUUGGUCCAACACCCUACUUCCUGUCAUCAGAGAGAGCAGUUGGUGGCAGCUCAAUCAGUCUCAACUACCUGCCAAAAAGAACAACUUAUGGUGACCCCCCCACCCCCACUGCUCAUAUCUGACUAGCUGCCUAUAAUGGUAUAGCUAGUAGAACAUGAGAUGUAGAGACUUAAAAAGAGUGACAUGCUCUUAAUGGUUAAUUAAGAAGUCAAUUUGAGCUUUACUGUGGUUCACUACAUUCUCGUCAGUGCUGUAUUUUUAUUGCCUAGGGAUGAAACAAAGCAAACAGUUAAGUUUGCAAAUUCUGGUAUUGAAAGUACCUAGUACACAUUCCAGUUAUACAACUCUUGUCUUUAUGACAGUGAGGAUACUUCUUAAAUUCUGAAUAUCAGGCUUCUCACAUACAGAAUGAGGAUGAUUAUAUUUGCCUUGGAUUUAAUUUGGGUUAUAUCGAGAGCUGAAUGUUAGUAUCUGGGCAAGUAAGCUCUCCUCUUUGGAAGGCCACACCUUUGAUACUAGCAUUCUAAGUUGGACUUUUCAGUGUCACUCUCUGAAAUGAUUGUCCUGCCACAUGUCAGCUAUUUUACAGGCAUGACUAGCUAGUCAUAUAUUCAAAAUUCAGUGUUAAUCAAAAUUCUAUUACCUUCAUUAAAAACUUGUAAAAUAUGCCCUUAUAGAUGGUGUGUCCUAAAACUACAGUUAAAAUAAGCAUAUGCUAAAGAAAUAUAUGUUUUAUUUAUACAUAAGAGUAUAAUUUUUCACAUUAUUGUCAAAAUAUCUUCCCUAAACAGUGAGAUUCGUCUAAUUCCUCUAUUGAGGAAUUUUUAGGCUGCUAUCACUGUAGGAAAACAGAAACUUUCUCAGUCUUUUUGCCACUUUUAGUGACAUAAAAACACUGAUGGAUUGUGAAAUUGUAAUUGUUAGCAUGAUGAUGAACUGUACUCAUUCAUGAAACAUUCCAAAAUAAAUCAGGCAAAAGUAUGAGACUAAAAAAAUA